GCACCUUCCGCCCGCGGCCGCCGCGAUGGCGGUUUAUUUGACUCCGCGCUUCAGGAGGCUCCGCAGUCAGGGCGAGCUAGAGCCGCGGCGGGGGAGGCGGCGAGAUUGUGAUGGUCCUUUUCAAGCAACUCAGCUGUGGAACAGUAUUAUUCAUGCUCUUCACAGUCAGGUGGAAAUCAAAAGGCGUAGACAGCAUCUGAAAACAUACAAAAACUGUUUCACCGGCUCAAAUGCUGUUGAUGUGGUACUGAGCCAUCUUAUGCAAAGCAUGUACCUAAGCUGCAAUGAUAUUUCUCGGCUGAAGGGAGUCCGUGUAUGCCAAGUGUUGAUGGAUCACAAGGUGUUUGAGCCAGUUGGAGCAAAGCUCUACUUAUUCAAGAAUGAGAAAGAACCAGAGUUUGAAGACACAAACACUAGUCUCUAUAAAUUUGUAAAUAGCAGUCUUACUCCUUUUCUUCCAAGAAAGAAUGAAGACAAUGAGAGCUUGUCUCCUGAGCAAAUCUGCAAACAGAAGACAAAAAGACGUUCCAAAACGAAGUGUGAAACAACACGUUCAAACCCCUUAGCAUUAGAAGCAGCUGAUAAAAAGAGGGUAGAGGAGCUCCUUCGAUCAAUAAAUGUUCAUGCAUCUUUACCUCCAAAGAUCAUGGUUAAUGAACUGACUCAUCUGCUUUCAAAAAGAGUAAUAGAAGAUGUCUGGAAACAGCAAACUCUGCUACGAUUGCUGCAGUUGAUUGAUGUUCCACUUCUAGAAGAUAUCUUGGUGUCUUCAGUGAAGACAAAACUAGACUGUUUUGGCAAAGAAGAAGACCUGAUUAUCUCAAAUACUUUCCUGGACAGAGAGGUUACAUGUAGCUUAAACUUGCCUGAGCUUGACAAAUGGCUCUAUGCUGCAAUUGAAUGCUUGGAGUAUUUCCCAGACCAAUUCAUAGUGAUGGUUAGUCAGCAGUUACCUCAAAGCCCUAACAAACCCAGCAGUCUGAAUACAUACAAGAAGAUUCUUUUUGACAUUAUAAUAAAGUAUUAUAGUCAAAAGAAGGACUCCCUUCUUGCCACUCAGGAUCUCGAUAUUCAUUCAGGAAUUAUAGAACUUAUAGAAAAAGGAAAUACAGAUCAAGCUCUAGAGGCAUCACAACUUUAUUUAAAAUUAUUAGCACCAAAUAUCCGAGAAGAACUACACAGACUCCUGGCAUUCAUAGCAAUUGCAUCUGAAUCUGAGGGCUACAAAUUACAAAAACAAUUUGAUAACAGAGCUGUGAUCAUCAAGACUUGCACAAAGUUCAUCUUGCAAAAUAAGACAUUGUCAAAACCACAGGCAGAACUGCUGACUCAGUUUCUGAUGGACAAUCACUCUGAGCUCUUCAAGACUCCUUCAACUCUUCUGGAACUAACUAGUAGAAGACUUCAGAGUUUGCUAGAAGGACAAGAUCCAGAUAUUGAUUCAGGCUUCACCUUCUGUCAGCGCGUGACAACUAAAGAAUAUGAAGAUCAAAAACAACAAACAAAUCAGUAUCUUCUUGCAUUGGUUCAAGGGAUGGACAAUGACCCCACUAUUACUUUGAAGCAGAAGAAGAAAUUAAUUAAAGAAUUCCGAAAAUACCAUUCUCUCAUCUAAAACUACAUGUGAAUUUUGUACUCUAAAUGGUUAGACAUCAAUACAGCCUUUUUUUUUUUUUUUUUUGUAAAAAGGAGGGGAUGCAUAUGAAAAUUGCUCAUUAUAUAAACCAUUUUCUUCUUAUGUCCUUACAUAUUCAGUAACUGGACACUACAACUAUCAAAAUUACUAUGCUGUUCAAAAGCAUUAAUUCUAAUUAAUGACUCUUUUAAACAAAAUGUACUUAAUUACUUCUAAAUUAGUAAUAAUGGCACACUGCUUGUGCUGCUUUGAGUUCAAGGUUUGGCACUUUUUUCCUUCUGUCCCAUGACCCCAUGGCUUUCUAGCUGACCUAAGUCUACAUUCAGAGCCAUGCUUGGGCUGAUAAUCAGUAAGGUUUUUAAUCUUUUCUAUCUGUAGUUCAUAAUCAAACUGUAAUCUAAUCUUAAACUGUAGAUUGACUCCUGUGAGUAUUGUAAAAGUGUACAAAGUGUGCCAAAAAUGUUAGGAGCUGGUCAGUGGGUUUUGAAUCUGUGGCAGGCAAGAUUCAUUAGGCAGGGGAGCUGUGUGUGCUUGCAGUCAGUAAUUAUAGCCUGUUACUCCUUCCCCACUCUGGCAGACUGAGCUGCUGCUCAUCUGGCAGUUAUGCAAAAGUAAGUAAAAAAAAUUACAUUUUGAGAAAACUUGAGGAGUAAUAAUAUUGUUUUAGAUCUCUUGGUGUAAACAAUUUGUUUUAACAUGAGGAUACUUUGAUAGUGUCCAGUUAUUUGUCAUAAAUACUUUGAUAGCAUUUCUGGAUUCAUAGGGCAAAGCUAGAAAUCAUGUUGUCCUGUCUUGACACGAUGAUGGUUAACUGUAAAUUGACAAGGAAAUGCUGAUUCAAAUCAUUAAAUAAAUAUGCAGUAUAAUGUUAUAGGGGUUAAAUUACUUCUUCCAUCCUCAUGACAGACAUUUGGUCAUGUAUUGGACACAGAAACAGAACUGAGGUUGGAAGGGACCUUUGGUCUAGUCACACCACCCAGCUCAAAGUGGAGUCAAUUAGAGCAGACUGCUCAGGGGCUUUUCCGGUUGAGUGUAGAAUAUCUCCAAGGACGGAGAUGCCACAACCUCUCAGGUGAGUCUGGUCCACAGUUUGACCAGCCUGACAGUAUUUAAAAACAAAACAAAAACACCAAAAAAGCCACCCACCUUACUUUUAAGUAGAACUUCUUGCAUUUCAGUUUGUGCCCAUUGCCUCCUGUCUUUUCACUGGGCACCACUGAGAGGUGUCUGGCUCAGUCGUCUUUAUUCCCUGGCCUGAGCCUUCUCUUCUCAAGGCUGAACAAUCGCAGCUCUCUCGGCCUCUUCCUUGUAUGACAGAUGCUCCAAUUCCUUAUCAUUUUCAUGGCCCCUUUGCUAGACUAGCUCCACUAUGACCAUGAUUUUUUUUAUUGCGAAUAUGCUUCUUUUAAUGUCCAUUCAAUUGCAUGCACGAGUUAGAAAAAUAUUUUGGGAAAAGAAAUCUUGAUUCCUUCUCACUGUGUAUUAGUGUCACACCAGUACAAGCAUUCAGUAUUUUUAUUGCCUCAUGCAUUGAGGGUUUCUGCUAUAAGAAUACAAUGAAGCUAUCAGCAAAAGAUGAGAACAUAAUGAAAUGACAAUGAAAAAAUUAUUUCACAGUAUUAGGCUCGUAGAACUUUAUUUUUAAACUCUGAAAAUGAUUUUUUCCCAACCCACUUAAAUACAGGAAAGCUAAAACACAAUCCUAACUGACAAAAAACAGGUUGUAGUUCAAAGACUUCCAUUCUGAGUAAAACAAUGGAAUAACAAUGUAUCCAACUAUGCUACCUAUAUAUCAAAUUUCUCUUCACAGAUAUUGUGUCCAUGUUCUUCAUAAUCUUCUCUAGUUACUACCAUGUCUUCAAAAUCAUCGUUUUCAGAAAUGAGCUUCCCACCUUCCCAAGAAUAAGUAAUAGGGCUGAAAAAUGAACAAAGUUAUUGUUACUCAUCUGUAAGUUCAUUUCAAAUAGAAGUACGCAGUGAUGAUUUCCAAGACUUUUACUUAGCCAUAUGUAUUUAAAAAUAUAUUUUUGAUUGCUAAAUCAAACCACCCAGCUCCAGACAAGUUAUGAGACAAAGUCUGAAAUUUUAGCAGGGCUAACUGACUUCGCUUUUUAUAAAAAGCAAGUGCCUCUUUGGGGGCACGUGUGAAGAGGUCAGGACCUGGAGAUGUCUUUGUAUUUACUUUGCACAGGUAAUAAUUCUUUAGUAAUAUUUUUAAAUACUCUUCAAUAAUACUUUUAAAGUGAAGAGUUUUUUGUACUUUCAAGACAUACUUGUUUUGUCUCAACUGUAUACGCUCUGCAAAGAUAUUACCCCUUCCAAAUCCCUGAAGUGGCUACAUGAAUAAUGACAUGGCAGCAUUCAGAUCCUGAAAAUUCUUCUAAGUAAAAGCCUAAACUCUAACCUUGCAUACUUAUGUAGCCACUUAAUGACAAUACAGUCUUAUUUAUCUGUUCACAGUAAAAAGACUGAUCCUGAAAACA